GGGGCGUGUUCUGCGCGCGGAUUGGCCGGAAACAGGCGCCGCCGCGAGGCUCGCGGAAAACGCGCGCUGAGAUCUGGUCCUGCGGCCUUGGUUCUUGCAGCUGGUGGCGGCUGCCGAGGCGGCAUGGAUCUCAGCGAGCUGGAGAGGGACAAUACGGGCCGUUGUCGCCUGAGUUCGCCUGUGCCUGCACUGUGCCGCAAGGAGCCUUGCGUGCUGGGCGUCGAUGAGGCGGGCCGGGGCCCGGUGCUGGGCCCCAUGGUCUACGCAAUCUGUUAUUGUCCCCUGUCCCGCCUGGCAGAUCUGGAGGCCCUGAAAGUGGCAGACUCAAAGACCCUAUCGGAGAGCGAGCGGGAAAGGCUUUUUGCGAAAAUGCAGGAGGACAGGGACUUUGUGGGCUGGGCACUGGACGUGCUGUCUCCAAACCUCAUCUCUACCAGCAUGCUUGGGCGGGUCAAAUACAAUCUGAACUCCCUGUCCCAUGAUACAGCCACUGGGCUUAUACAGUACGCAUUGGACCAGGGCGUGAACGUCACUCAGGUAUUUGUGGACACCGUAGGCAUGCCAGAGACAUACCAGAAGCGGCUGCAGCAAAGUUUUCCCGGGAUUGAGGUGACAGUCAAGGCCAAAGCAGAUGCCCUCUACCCUGUGGUCAGUGCUGCCAGCAUCUGUGCCAAGGUGGCCCGGGACCAGGCCGUGAAGAACUGGCAGUUCGUGGAAAAACUGCAGGACCUGGAUACUGAUUAUGGCUCAGGCUACCCCAAUGAUCCCAAGACAAAAGUGUGGUUGAAGGAGCACGUGGAGCCUGUGUUCGGCUUCCCCCAGUUUGUCCGGUUCAGCUGGCGCACGGCCCAGACCAUCCUGGAGAAAGAGGCAAAAGAUGUUAUAUGGGAGGACUCGGCACCAGAGGAUCAGGAGGGACUUGGGAAGAUCACAUCCUACUUCCUUAAUGAAGGGUCCGGAACCUGUCCCCGUGCUUCCCACCGGUAUUUCCUGGAGCGUGGCCUGGAGUCAGCAACCAGCCUCUAGCAGCUGCCUCUCCUUGCUCUACCUGUCUCCCUGACCCAGACAUUAAAGUUGUUAAAGGAAAACCACACAUAGGAGAUGUACUUUUGGGGCAGAGCGAGGUGGCAGUGUGCUCUGCAGCUGGGUCCAGCUGCUGCGUUUUGGAACCUAAUUAGAAUGAGUGUUGGUUGAUU